AUGGAUACGAAACGGCAAGAUUCAUCUGAGAAGAAUUUCAGUAAAUCUGGCCCAAUGCCACAUUCAUCAACACCACUAUGGAAAAGAACUCGUUCCAAUUCGUUGAGCAAUGAACUGGACGGCGAAGAAAAACCGUCGAAUGAUGGCACAACGACUCCACAACCUUCUCAAAAGCCUGAUGUCAAGGCAAUUCGAAGACAAUUUGAAAAUAUGAAACCUGUAGACAAACCUGUACCAUAUAAUUCGCACAAACGAACGUCAAUUCCAACACUAUUGGGACCGCCUGUUCAGAAAACUCACCAUGCUCGCACACCGCCUCCUACAGCACCACUAAACAACAUGUUACCAUUAGAAAACAAUCAAUCAUCAGUGUUCCAAUUUAAUGUUUCUCGAAACUCGAAAUCGUCAUCCCCUCCACCACCACCCGUACCACCACGAAACGGAACAAAAGAAUCUUUAAUACAAAAAACUCUUGUAUUGAGCAUGAAAAACGUUCUGAACAAUAGGACAAAUUCCUCAUCAAUAGAAGAAUCUGGCAGUGUACCAUCGCCAACGCCUAACACCAAUGAUUCCUCCGUCGUAUCAAAAGACAAUCCUACGAAAUCACGAGAUUCAGUACAACACAUGCGUGCAUACUUCGAAAACAAUCAACAUUUUUAUCUACCGGGAACGGAUAAAAGUGAUAAUACGGCGUCUAAUAAAUCCUCAUCGUCUAGCGCCUCUCAAAACCCUCAUCAACCCCCACCACGUCCUGCACCACGUCCCGAAGUGUAUCUUAAAUCACAAGUGAAUUCUUGGCAUUCCAUGCCCUCGUUUGAUCCUGCUGAUAGUGCAACAGGCGACUCCAGUGUUUCAUCCAAUCAAAAUUUAAGUCGUCGUACAUCGUCGGAGAGUUCAUUUACAGACGAAGAAGCUGAAUUUGAUGCUCAACGAGUUAAACUUCGUAAAUGUAUAGAAGAAGUGCAUGCAACAGAAAAAACUUACGUAAAUAUUUUAUAUAUUUUAUCCGUUAAACUUUCGGCUGAAGUUAAAAACACAUGUCACAGAGAUGAUGAUGCGAUUUUGAAAUUUAACUCAACAUAUAAACCAUUACUUGGAACAAUCCAACAAAUUUAUAAACUUCAUAAUGAACUUAUUCUUCCUGAAAUUGAAGAAUAUAUUUCAGGACAACGAACCGGUAAUAUGUGGUCAGUCUUCGAAAAGAAUUUCAAAGUUAUUGAAGUGUUAUAUAAACACUACUACGUCACAUAUUACGAUACCCAAGGUAAAUUAGAUGAAUUAUGUCGAACAUCGCCUUUAAUUAAUGAAGCGAUGCUUAAAUGUCAAGUUCUUUUGGGUAAUUUGUAUCCAAUCACUCAACUUAAUUGUCCUAAUCAACGUUUACUUCGAUAUAUCCUCUGUCUGAAGACAUAUAUCAAACAUUUACAUGUCAAUUCGGAUGAACAUAGGUAUUCACAAUCUAUCCAUGAUGAACUCGAUCGGAUAGCUGUACGUUGCGAAGAAGAAUUAGUGGUAUCUGCUGUCCAAUUUAAUGAAUUAAAAGAACGUUUAGAGAAUCGAUUUGAAUGUAUUAAAGACCAUCGUAAACUUCUUUGGCAUGGCCCAUUGAAGAAACAAUCGCCACGACGACAUGCAGAUAUCGCUCCCCGUUACGUGAUCUUAUUUUCCGAUUGUAUACUAGUUUGUACAGACGAAUCUGGACGUAAACUCGACGUUAAUCGGGAAUUAUCCAUGAAAGGUAUAACAGUUGAUGUCAUGAAAGGUGGACGAACAUCAUUAAUGCCAAAUGUUGAUCAACCAAUGACUGGAAUAACUUAUUACCCGUUUCGCGUCAAUGCAGUAGAGAAAUCUUACGAAUUUCUGGUUGACAAGGAAUCGGAUCGAGACACUUGGGUAAAGAAAAUCAGACAAGCAAGCAACGAAUAUGAGAAACGAAAUAGCACUAUUGAAGUAGCCCAACGGACACAAUCUGUUCAUACUUACUUAAAACGGAAACAUUUUCGUUUUUUUUCGAUUUCAGUUCGUCAAUCCGGUCGGCGUACAGAUGAACAACAUAAACUCGGCGAUCGUGCACCUGCUUGGAUCAAUGAUCUCGACGUGACUCGUUGUCAAAACUGUAAUAAUCGUUUCCCGCAAAUAUUAAUUUCGUCGCGUCGGCAUCAUUGUCGAUCUUGUGGACAUUGCAUCUGCGGUUCUUGCUCAACAAAAAAACUACUUUUGGAAUAUUGCAAAAAUGAAGGUGAAGUGCGCGUUUGUGAUACAUGUUAUACACAUUUUACUGGCACAGUACUAAGUAAAAAUACCAGUGUUUGGCCGAAACCAACACGCGAGGUUGAUGAAACGAUUUUAUUCGGUGACUUUCGUACAAAUAAUUCUGGUGCUACAGUCUGGAUUGCUCUUCAAGAAGAUUAUCAAUUGCAUGUCUAUGGGGCGAGACUCGAUCAAGCGGAAGAUUAUGCAAUAAAAUUAUCUGAUCUACUUGAUUUGCAAUUAGAUAAAGACUCACGAACAUUUACCUUGCGAGAAACGACCAAGACACAUACGUUUUCUCUUGAAGUCGGCCAUAAGAUAACUUAUAAGAAAAGUGAUGUGCUCGACGAAAAACUGAAAAACUCCACUAGUAAUUUGAACUUCUACACAGAUCUUUGGUUUGAAGCCAUUCAGCUAGCGCGUUCCACGACACUUCCAACGUGGUAUGUAAGAAAUCGUGAUUCAUCUGAUAGUGGAGUAAGUAAUGUGGGUUAA